AUGAAAUCUGUGAAUAUUUUGAAAAUGCUUGAAGCUAAUAAAGAAAAUAGAAACUUUUAAUUAGUUUAAAAUAGAUAAAACAGAGUUCAAUCUACUCUCUAUAUAAAAGAUGAGUUAUCUCAAUAAAAUAUUAAACCAAGAGUUAUAAGGGUUUCAAAAUGGAAUAAGUCAUAAAAUAUUAGAGACAAUUCAAAACGAGAGGAUUAAAGACAUAUUAGUUAUGAAUUACCCAGAUAAAAAACUGAUUAAUAUUAACAUAUUUAAAGAACUCUAAAAAAUAGAAGUUUAACUAACAUCUAAAUUUCCAUCAUUAAUUAAGCCUAGAAUAAUAAUAACAAUAAUAAUGCUUCAAUAUCAUUACCUAAUAGUAACAAAUGUAAAGCAAUAUUAUUGUAUUUUUAGAUUUAGUUACAAAAGGAUUAGAUAAAUUUUAAUCAACAGAAAACUAUGGAAAUCCAUAAUUAGUUAAAACUUAUAAAUAGGAUAUAUUUAACUAUCUUGAAGAAUUCAAUUUAAAGUUAUAAUAGUAAAAUACUAUCUCAUAUAAUGCAUUUUAUUAAUAAAGUUAGAUUACUUUAAAAAUGAGAAAUGUUCUUAUUAAUUGGCUUUUUGAAGUUCAUCAUAAAUUAAAAUUACAAUUAGAGACACUCCUUUUGACUGUAUGGUUAAUAGACAAGUAAGUAUUAACAAUAAUUAAGAUUUAUUGAAACUCAUUUAGUAUAAAAGAAUAGAUUUCAACUUUUUGGAAUUGCUUGUUUAUUUAUUGCAUCAAAAUAUUAAGAAGUUUAUGGUGUACCAAAAAGUGGUCAAUUAUCUAAAUUGUGUGAUGAAGUUUAUAGCAAAGAAGAUAUAUUGAAAGCAGAAGGGUAAAUACUAUAAAAUAUAAAUUUUAAUUUAUCUUUUAUAUCACCAUUAAGAAUAUUUGAACAUAUUGCUGAAGUUGAUGAUUAAAUUAGGUUGAUUAUUUCAAUUUAAUUAGUUGAUAUCUGAUAUAGUUGGCCUCAUUUAGUUAUGGAUUUGCAAAUGGAGACCCCUUUUUAAUAGUGGCUACUAUUCUAAAUAUUGUUGGAAAAAUCUCUAACAAAAAGAUUGAUUCAUCAAUGUUAAAGGUAAAAUUAUAAACUUUAACUCAUAGGUAGAUUCUAAUCAAACUAACAAAUUAACAAAAGAAUUAAUUUAAACUUGGUUUCUAGAUGAAGUUAAUUAACCAUUUCCAUCUCUCAUCAAAAAGUAUUAACACUCUCAUUAUAAUCAUGUUUCAACAAUUAAUUUUAGUUUAGAUCUAUUUUUAUGA